CUUCUCCCCCUCCCAGACCCCACAACACCUUGCCUGUUGCCCUGCAACAAAGCAAACACAACAGCUCACCUAUCUCACCUGUCCAGUAUCCAUCUCCCUCAUGCAUUCUCGUUCUGUCUGCCUCAUCACGACAUGCCAAUAUGCCAUGCCAUGCCAUGACGUCGUCGCCGUCGCCUUCGCUCUUGGACCUCAUGAGCCUCUCCCCUUCUCGUGACGCAGCUUUGCCAUCAACGGCGCCAGAAGAAGGGAGCUGUGGCACGGUGCAGGUGGUGCCGAGGGACGUCUCGGACGAGCUCCUCGGCAAGUUCCAGGACGCCGGCGAGUUGGGCUUCGAGUACGGCACGAGCGGCCUCUGGUCGCCGCUGGUGCUGCGGCCCGAGGUCCUCGCCAGCGCGCAGGCCUCGGGCCCACGCCGAGGGAGGCGCCGCCUGACAUGGAGGAGGAAGGUGUUCUGCUGUUGCUGACAUGCAGUGUUGUUGAGUAGGCAGUGUGCUCUCGGAUUCUUCUGCAGUUUAGGGGAGUCUGCUCUUGUAACUAAUUCGUACUUUAAUUUGGUGAAAUUAGUUCGUAAUUUUUUAGAACAAAAUUACACUGUCCUGGGAAGUGUAGAGAUAGUAGGAUGCUUGUGGGGCAUGGCAUGUAUGUACUGGUGUGUCCACUGAUUUGUAGUUUGCUCGGAAUCCUGACAAGCAUGCAAAAUAUAUAUACAUCAACGUUACAUGUAGUGUUGUAACAACUUCUUUUGAGGGCUCAUAUCAAUCUACUAUGUUUUC